UUGGGGGUACUGAACGUGAGGUAGAUCCCGGGGACAGGAGCACGGAGUAAUCCAGGGGUCAGUGAACCCGGACUGAUCACAGACAGCGGGGCUGAAGGCACGGAGACAGAGAGGUCCCGGGAAGUGAUAAGCCGGGAUCCGAAACCCCGGUGGGGACCCGGGUCCCAGAUCGCCGGAGAGGAGAGGCCGACCACCAAUAUCUAGAGCCCCGGCACAAGGCAAGCGGGUGAGUGCGGCUGCUGACGCCCCUUAGCCCCUGGAGUCGGGAUCGGGACCCGGGUGCCGGAGUGCUGGAGGAGACUCUGUCCGCUCUGGUGGCCAGACCCUCAGACAUGAAGUGCAAGUGGCUCGUCGCCCAGCAGGUUUGCCCCAGCAGCGGAGGAGACAGCAGUCUGCAGAACAGAAGCGAUACCGCGGUAGCUGCGUGCCAAAAGGACGUCAGCCCCCCGCGCUGCUCCGCCUGUCUGCAGCGUGGCAGUGGGACAUGCUCUCCGGGGUGUGUAGCCCAGACACCGCUGAGCCCAGCCCAGGGAAGAGACUCCUUGUCCGGGGACAGUGGCUACUCCUCCCUGCUGAGCGUCUCCUCUCUGGCCGGCGAGGAGGACGGCAGCCUGACACCUAAGGGUGGUCUGGGAGCAGAGCGACACCGGGACCGGAGUCUGGGGGCCGAGGAGGAGGCCGCGCCCUGGAGUGGUGCUCAGGAGCCCAGUGGGGAGGUGCCGACACCUCGCCAGUGGCACCUGCUGCCCGCCCUACAGGUGGUGAGGGCAGCGUGCCAAAAUGUGAGGCAGGCCAAGGGUCUUCAUCCUGGCGGCUGCUCCCCGGCUCGCGGCCAGGUCUUUCCUAUUGACCGCCUCAUCGGCCGGAAGAUGGGCCUACAGCACGUGGACAUCUGGGCCGAGCUGUGGGAGAGGGGCGUCCCAGACAUCCUGAGACGAAUCCUGCGUUUUCUGUCCCCGGCUGACCUACUCUGCUGCGUCAAGGUGUGCAAGAUGUGGAAGAGAAUCAUCUGUAGUGACAGAAGAGCAAACCAGACCCUCAAGAAGGCUUCUCGUUUACAAAAAAUGGAAGCCUCCAAACGCGAGAACGUAGCGUCACGCGGCACUCUCGUGUCCAUCCAGCACCAGAGCGGGGAUAGGGUUGUGCCUAAGUUGCGGCCCACUCGUCAGCCCAAGGUUGGCGGUGACUCCCAGAAAAGUAUCCGGCACCAGCAGGUGGUGAAGACUUUGAGGCAGGACGAGGUGCUGAAGAUGUGCCCACUCUGUUCGUCUCCCGCCAGGUUCCUGCACUACCAGGAGCGGGCAGUGUGCACCAGUGUUUUCUGUGCCUACGACUACUGUUCCCUCUGCCUGAGUUCCUUCCACGGCUCCAAGUCCUGCAUCCGGCACAGUUUCCACAGCGGCUCGCGGGCACAGGCAGCUGCGGGAAGCAGGCGGAGCAAACAAAACCUGCGGAGACUCUGACCACCGCCGUGUGCGAGGCGUGGUAGCGUGUUGGUCACUCAACUGAUCUCAGUAUAAUUACUUGCAUAUAAAUGUAUAUUUUUGUUUAGUAGAAUCCGGAAGGAUAAUGCAAAAAAAGUUAAACAAAUUUUAUGGGAAAUGUGAAGUUUUAAGAAGUCUGUGCACAAUGUUUAAAAAUUAAUAUAUGAAUUACAAAAAGGUUCUGAAUGCAGAAAGAAAUGGUCUUAGGCAUUCUUGUGUCCAUAGUUGAAGCUGCAAUAUAUUUUACUAUUGAGAUACGGUGCAUUUAUUUAUAAUAGGUGUUCAUUUUACGCGGAACCAGAAUAUAUAUAUUUAGUGUCCUUUUAUUGUUUUCUCAUUGUCCUUAAAUGUAAAUUAUUUCUUAGUCGUCUUGUUUUUGUAUAUUGUUCAAUAAAUGCAUAAUC